GUAUUAGCACCUUUUCCAAAAAUUACUGAAGGAAGAGGGGGGAAGCCUAAUGAUUCAGGUGGCCCUUUCAGCGGACAGACUGCAUCUCUGAAGAUCUCCUGAGGGAUUUUCUUCCACGAGGUUCUGGAAUUGUAACAAGACGACCAUUGGUCCUGCAACUCAUCACUGCCAAAACAGAGCAUGCAGAAAUGCAUCAAUAAGGCCUAGCUAUGGAGAAUCUUCAUCUAAUUUUCCCAGCACCAUGUAAGAGCAGAAGAAAGAAAAGAAUCAAGCUCUGUGCUGGCAUUCCUAACAAAAUGACUAAACUGCUGGGACAUACGAAUUAAGUAUGCUGAAUUUCUACACUGCAAAGGGAGGAAGUUUACUGAUUUUGAUGAAGUUCGUCAGGAAAUUGAAGUAGAAACAGAUAGAAUAACAGGAGUGAACAAAGGCAUUUCUUCAAUUCCUAUCAAUUUGAGAAUAUAUUCUCCACAUGUAUUAAGCCUGACUCUUAUUGAUUUGCCGGGAAUCACUAAAGUGCCAGUAGGGGAUCAGCCUCCAGAUAUUGAGCAACAGAUCAGAGACAUGAUAAUGCAGUUCAUCUCUCGAGAAAACUGUCUGAUACUGGCUGUGACUCCAGCUAACACUGAUCUGGCCAACUCAGAUGCACUGAAGUUAGCUAAGGAAGUAGACCCUCAAGGCCUUAGGACCAUUGGUGUGAUCACAAAAUUGGAUCUGAUGGAUGAAGGAACAGAUGCAAGAGAAAUUCUAGAGAACAAACUACUCCCUCUUCGUAGAGGUUAUAUUGGUGUUGUAAACAGAAGCCAGAAAGACAUUGAUGGGAAGAAAGACAUAAAGGCAGCUCUUCUAGCGGAAAGGAAAUUCUUCCUUUCUCACCCAGCAUAUAGGCACAUGGCAGAUCGGAUGGGAACACCUUAUCUCCAAAAAGUUCUAAACCAGCAACUUACCAAUCAUAUUCGGGAUACCCUGCCAGCCUUCAGAAGCAAACUCCAGAGCCAGCUGCUUUCCAUAGAACAUGAAGUAGAGGUAUACAAAAACUUCAGACCAGAAGAUCCAACCAGAAAAACGAAAGCCCUGUUGCAGAUGGUACAACAGUUUUCAGUGGACUUUGAAAAAAGAAUCGAAGGAUCAGGAGAUCAGGUUGAUACACUAGAACUUUCAGGAGGUGCCAAAAUCAAUCGUAUUUUCCAUGAACGUUUCCCUUUUGAACUAGUGAAGAUGGAAUUCAAUGAAAAGGAACUGCGGAGAGAAAUAAGUUAUGCCAUCAAGAACAUACAUGGUAUCAGAACAGGUUUGUUUACUCCAGAUAUGGCGUUUGAAGCCAUUGUUAAAAAACAGAUAGUCAAGCUGAAAGGACCUUGCUUAAAAAGUGUGGAUCUGGUGAUGCAAGAGUUAAUCAACACUGUCAAGAAGUGCACUAAAAAGUUGGCAACAUAUCCAAGGUUGUGUGAGGAAACAGAAAGAAUUGUUGCCGGCUACAUUCGUGAAAGAGAAGAGAAGACCAAGGAUCAGGUGCUGCUGCUGAUUGAUAUCCAGGUUUCUUACAUCAACACCAACCACGAAGACUUCAUUGGCUUUGCAAAUGCCCAACAAAGAAGCAGUCAGGUUAACAAAAGUGCAGUGGGAAAUCAGGGAACCAAUCUACCGCCUUCAAGGCAAAUUGUCAUCCGGAAAGGCUGGCUGACCAUCAACAAUAUUGGCAUCAUGAAAGGAGGAUCCAAGGAAUACUGGUUCGUUCUAACUGCAGAAAGCUUGUCCUGGUAUAAAGAUGAUGAGGAAAAAGAGAAGAAGUAUAUGCUUCCUUUGGACAAUUUGAAAGUGCGAGAUGUUGAAAAGAGCUUCAUGUCUAGCAAACAUAUCUUUGCAUUGUUUAACACAGAGCAGAGGAAUGUUUACAAGGAUUACCGUUUCCUUGAGCUAGCCUGUGACUCCCAAGAGGAGGUGGAUAGCUGGAAGGCAUCUCUGCUACGAGCCGGUGUCUAUCCUGAUAAAUCCUCAGGGAACAACAGAACUGAAAACGAUGAGAAUGGCCAAGCAGACAAUUUUUCAAUGGACCCCCAGCUGGAGAGACAGGUGGAGACAAUUCGAAAUCUUGUGGACUCCUACAUGUCUAUUAUCAACAAAUGUAUCCGAGAUUUGAUACCAAAAACAAUCAUGCAUCUUAUGAUCAAUAAUGUAAAAGAAUUUAUCAACGCAGAGCUCCUGGCUCACUUGUAUUCUUCUGAGGACCAAAACACUCUGAUGGAGGAGUCAGCUGAACAGGCGCAGAGGCGAGAUGAAAUGCUCCGCAUGUACCAAGCACUAAAGGAAGCCCUAGCAAUCAUUGGCGAUAUUAGCACUAGCACUGUCUCAACCCCUGCACCCCCUCCCGUAGAUGACUCUUGGCUUCAGCAGGCCCGCAGAUCACCUCCUCCAAGUCCCUCAACUCAGAGGAGGCCUACACUAAACAAUCCCCCAACCAGACCUUUACCUGGCCGAGGACCCGCUCCUGCAAUCCCAUCCCCAGGCCCUCAGUCGGGGGCUCCCCCGGUCCCGUUCCGCCCAGGACCCCUGCCUCUGUUUCCGAGUGGCGGUGAAGCCCUUGGAGGACCUCCCCAGGUUCCCUCACGGCCGACGCGGGCUCCUCCCAGCGUCCCAAGUCGAAGACCACCUCCUUCACCUACUCGGCCCACUGUAAUUCGUCCGUUAGAUUCAUCCCUGUUAGACUAAAAGAAGCUUCUGGCAUGUCAUUCAUUGUUAACCAAAUAUGUGGAAACAAAUUGCUUGAUAACUGUUGCAAUAACCAAUGUAUAGUCGCAUGUAUGGACAUCUAUAGGCAAGUAACCAAUUUUACUGAUAUACUCUCUGUCCAUUCUGCAUUGUUUAUGAUGUCUUAAAUGUUCUGGGAAGGUCUGCGCUGCCUUGACUUUUCCUUUUGCGAUAGCUGAUGUUAGCUAACUUACUGACACGUCUUCACCCAGGCAACUGUGCUCACAGUCCUGUACAGCAAAUGGAGGGCUUGACUUUGUGUGUGUUUGUGCAUGUGUUGAUUUGAUCUGCUGCUUUUUUUCCUCUUAUCUGAAAGGAAUCUUGCUUUUAUUUGUACCUUUCAGGUUUUCUGUCGUUUGGAAUUACACAGUUAUGCCCAUUUUCUCUUUUAAUGGCUAAACUGGGCAAAGAAAAACAAUGUGAGUUCUUACCAAGCUCUUCUGAAGGCCCCACACUUCCAUGUCUCUCUUGCAAGAAGCUUGCUGGUUGGCUGCUUCUCCUAUAAUUUCUACUUAUCCGAAGUCUAGUUUUUAUGGAAUGCUGUUAAACAAGAAGGGUGUGUAUGGGAUAAUGCGUGUUUUACUUUAUUUCCACAUUUUGGCAGCUGACAUGCAAAGUUGGUUGGGUGGUUGGUAAUGACCAGGCUGUGGUGUCCCAGCUUGCAGGGCUCAGCGUGGAGCCGUCUCACCCUGCAGCAAGGAUGUGAAAGGGCGGUUGGAAGAGCCAGUACACGACAGAGCAGCGUGUGCCAGCUCGCUUUGUCCUCUGCUGGUGCUUGCUCACAUUCGCACUCCCACUGAACUCAUGGGAAGCCUUGGGUGUAUGUGACUGCAUGUAAUACGUAUAAAUGUACUGCGUGGCGGGAUCCAGAGCACUGAGCGUUGCUUUUGGUCAUUUUGUGAAACAGAAGGAGAUGUAGAUACCGAUAUAGAUAUAUGCACAGCUGUGAAUGGGCUACCGCUACUCUGCCCACUGUGUGAGCCAAUUCACAGAGCUAUGGCCUAGAUUUACAUCUGAGCUUUCUAAGGGUCCGGUUUGGAUUUGAGAUAUUUGCUCACACCAGUCAAUAAAGUUCCACUAUGCCCCCUAUAUAAAGAUUUUCUCUUCGCAUCACUUGAAGCCCUGCACACCUCAGAUUAGGGUCACUUUAUCCAACUAGGUACUGAGAAGUGCUCAGCUGUGCAUCCUGGCAAUGGAUUAUUUUAGCAGAUGUUCACUUGCAGAGGUCCUCUCUGCCUAUUGUUUUGCACGUUAUAUAUUAAUGCGUUAUAAAAACCUUUUGUCUUAACUGCAUUACUUCACUUUAAACACUUAGGGUCAGUGUCAGCCUUAUAGCUUCAAACUUACUGAGUUAAGAGAAUUAAACUAGAGAUGAAUUUGGCCUUGUUUCUUCAGAAAAUAUUAAUUGCUGUUAUUACAAUUAUGGUUACAGAUCCCUAGGCAAAGCAAUUGGUGGUUUCAAAGGCCCUCAGUAUAAUCAGUCUAAUAAAUUCAUUUAUUGAGACUGCAUGUAGGGCACCAGUAUACUGUAGCCCCAUGGUUAGGAAAAAUCCAAUCAAAGAGCCACAAUAAAUGGGGAUUUAGCCCGUUAAGUAUUCCCAGACUGCUGAUUAGUUGUGCUCACCACUGAAGCAAAUCGUGUUUCAGCUUGCGUAAGAGAGACGAGCUUGGGAAAGCAUCAUGAUUUGUAUGUUAGCUUAACUUUAAUUUCCUGUCAACCUUAUACUUGUGACACACACCUGGGGAGUCUAGAGGUCAAAUUCUGAAGCACAGUGAAGAUGGAGUUUGUCAGAGCACCGGCAUCUUGGUGAUCUCAGAAGACUGCUUAAGUGGCUGGUGUUUGUUUGGAGAACAGGCUCAGAUCUCCAACACCAAGUACACAGGAUCAGCUUUCAAGGGAAAAAAAAAAGGUUGCAAACCCAACUACAGUCAUAUUGAUUUUUACUACAAAAAAAGAAAACAUAUUUUGAUGAUUUUUCUUGUGUUCUACACAGUUUUCCACUGUGUAGUGCUCUCUGCUGUAACAUGCAGUGCAUCUAUUAGAUGUAUUUUUAUAAAUAGCUAUAGUAGUCCAUGCUGUUGCCUAGCCAGCAAACCUGUAUAUAGUUUAUCAGAACCCUCCGUUACUGACUGGCAGCUGCCUGCUGAUGGAAAGCCAGGCUUAGCGCUCCAGCCACAGAAGGUCACUUUAACCCCAAAUUUUGAUAUUCAUUCAGUGAUACUGCAAGGCCAUGGUCUGGGUUUAUCCCACUGUACCCCAAGCACUUGACUUAGUUGUCCAAGGUCCCCUUUGUUCAGUGGAAAGAGGCAGCACCUCCAGAAGGCAAUUCAGACCGGUGUGGCUGCAUCAGAGACAAGGGUGGUAAUGCUGGUAAAUUAGGAGCCUCAAUUAGAUGACAUAGAUCCUGGCCUAAAAACAUGUUUUUAAAUCCUCUGUACUUGAGAGUCCUUAAUUUACUUUAAUGACUGUUUCUGUCAGCAUAAGGAAGUAGGUAGAACAAUUCAGCACUGUCCUUAACUGUGCCCCCCCAAAAAUUGUAUUUCUCAGCAGUAAUCCUGAAUUGUAAAUGAAGUUCUCAAGGGUGGAUUUACCCGAAAGACGAGGAGGAGGAGGCAGUGAGGCGCCUGUGGCCCCACUGUCAGCACCAUCUGGUUCUGCGCUCAAUGUUGAGGUCGUGAGACACAGCUGCACAGCCCCCCUUCCUCUGCAUCCUCAUUCAGAUCACAUCUAAAUCUGGCCCUGUGCCCUAAAUGCAACACUUUUAGGUGUGCAGGUUAAUAAUCAACCUUGACCACAGAACCAGAGUUUGAUGGCUUUACCUCUAACUUCUUGCAUAUACGCUUUUCAGAAUAAACUGCGUAGAAUUGAUGUUUCUGGGAAAAAUGCUAAGUGCUUCCCAAGAAAUUGCCACAUCCAAUUGAGUAAGUACUGUCCUCCCAACCUCAGCCCGUUUCCUCCUGGUGUACAGCGCCUGGAACGGGUUUAUCCCACUUGCUCCUGAUGCUGGCGAGUCAUGUCUCUCCUGUCCUUUGUUCUCAAAGGAGCAGCCUUGACAGCAACUCGCUCCGUGCCUGAAGGACAGCAGGACGAGCACCCUGUGGAUCUGCUAGAGGGACCGGCUGCCUUGGGCCAGCCACUGCCCCCUCUGCAGACACUCUUACACAGGGUGACCUAAGCCUGAACUCCCAUGUCUGAGAAGCACGGGUCGCUCUCCCUUUCUUUGAUUCCCUCUGGCAAAGCCCAGAAGAUUGCCAGGGAGUGGUGGAGACUCCCAUUAAGCUACAGCAGGGUUUCUGAUCUUACGUGAGAUGCAUAAUUAGCUGGAUGAUGUACGUGGCUAAGUUUCAGGAGGGUGCUCAUCUAGUAUUGCAUUUAGGCUAAGCCUGAGUCUCUGCCUGGAGAACAUGUUCCACCUCACUUCGUCAUGGCUGACCAACAGUUGAAGAGCUUGCGCGUGCCGUAAAUAGCUCUCGGCCUUUAAUCUCAAGGGAUCUUGUGUUAGGAUUAAAAAGAUUGUAUGUUCAAUGAAAAGGCUUAUGUACAUAGUUAAUGUGUGUUUAUUUUAUAGCUGAUCUUGUUGCACUUUCUGAGUAAGCCUCAUAAAAGUAGAUUAUUUAUUAUAUUAAAGGAGAUACAUUAUAGGUUAUGGCAUCUCGUGUUAAAGCAUAACAUAGAAAAUACUAUAUCGCAGACAGCUACACUAAACAACAUGUAUACAGCAUAUUGAGAUUACUGGCUAGUUCUGUCUUUCUGUCUUAAAAUAGUCCAAACUUCCUGAAUUGAAAGCAGACCUAUUUUGCACCUGUGACACCGAGGAGGCACCCAGCCUCUUGGUGUGCUUAUGGCACAGUUCCUCCCACUGUGGCAUUGAACCUCCUCCCCGGGCUCUAGCAGAACAGCUCCCUUGUGUAAAUGAAUGUUACCCUGCCUGUCUUUCCUCUUGCUUUGUCUGCAGGCGAGCUGAUACCGAUGGCUCCUCCCGUCCAGACAGUCCUCCACUCUUGCUUGAUAUAUGAUUUGUCCCGUCUUGCCGGCCGUUUGCUUUACUGCCUGUCUCUUUACUUUUCCAGGAUGGUGUAAUCGAUGACUUCUUUUUGUAAGAAGCAAACGCUUAAUUUCUUUCUGAAUUUUGCUCUGUAUGUUAAUGCCCUACUUCAUAUGAGCCAAAACAUCUGCCUUUGGUUUCAUAAUCUGUAAAUGGUUCCUGGUGUUGACCUUUGAGCAAGCAAGUCGAUUCCUGAAACCAUGGUCAUUACUAAGCAUCACAUACACCUGCUGUAAAAAUGUUAUGCUGCAUUUCUGAACCUGAAAUAAACUGUAACUCUUGA